GUCAGUGACAGCACGGCAGGGACUUGUGGACUUUGGCUGUGGACUACAACUGUCAUCACUCCACCGUAUAUAUACGCACACACACGCACACGAUAAGGAGCAGACACACACCCACUUGGUGCUGAGAGAAACCCCCAAAAAAGCAGACAUGAAGGUUUUGGUGGUGCUCGCCGUCGCACUCCUGUCAGGUUGCCAUGCCAACCUGUUCCACGCCGAUGCCCCCAAACCCCAGAUGGAAGCGCUCACUGAUGCAUUUUGGGAUCACGUGGCCAAAGUGUCGCAGACUGCUGAAGAGACUCUGCAGAUGAUCCGGAAGUCACACAUUGGCGAGCAAGUCAAUGCCCACCUGGCGGAGAGCGCCGACAUGGCCAGCCAGUACGCAGUCUCCCUGCAGGAGCAGCUUCCUCCGGCCGCCCAGGAGCUCAUGAGCAAAAUCACCACGGAAGCAGACAUCCUAAGAAACGUCCUGACCCAGGAGCUGAGCUCGGUCAGGGAGCGGGUGGAGCCCUACACAGAGGACAUGAGGGCCCAGAUCCAGCAGAGAGUGGACCAACUCAAGCUCGAAGUGGCCACCUACGCUGACUCUUUAGAUUCUGAUGCUCUGAAGAGCCUGCUGAUGCAGAGGAGCGAGGAGCUGAGGAUCAGCCUGGAGCAGAGUGUGAAGGACUUCCAGGCCCAGUUGGAGCCUUACACCGAUGACCUGAAGCAGCAGGUGGACCUGCACCUGAGGGAUUUUCACAACACAGUUUCCCCCAUGACCAAGAAGGUUCAAGGGGAGCUGAGUCAGAGAGCCAAUUUGGUGAAGCAGAUCGUGGCCCCCUAUGCUGAAGACCUCAAAGACAAACUGGACCCCUACACCCAGGACUUCCAGGCCCAGAUCGUCUCCCUCUAUCACUCCUUUGUGAACGAAGACUAAGCAAUUUUUAAAUCUGUUAUUCCUUUUUUAAAAAAAUAUAACCAUUAAACUUGUAUAUAUUUCCUUUUUAUUUUUGUAAAUUAUGUAACUUAUCAAAAUAAACUAGAUUUAUAACACCUGUAACUCUGUGCAUUUGUGCUGACUAAUGACUAGCACCGGGGCAAGUACUGGCAACAGAGUGCGUUGUAAAUCCCCCAUGGAAAAUAACCCAGGACGUCCUGUUAAGACCAUGCUGAGAAGAAAAGGGCUCUCGCUGUGAAGCGUUCGAGUCACGGCACGUCCACCUCAGGUGACAGUUUCGACUUCUGUUCCUCCAGAUUGUUGCUCUUUAUUCCUGUCCAUGCUUGUCUCCGGUUUCACAUCACCUCACAUUAAUUUCAGCUGAAUGAAA